GACCUCUCCGGCGAACCGGAUCGUGUAUGGCCAGCUUUAGGUCAAAUGAAAAAUACAUUGAAGAAUUAACCAGCAAUUUAAGGAAAAAACAAAUUGAAAUUAAUACAUUGGAAAAUGAUCAAGUCAAAAUGAACGCUGCUAACCAAAGAAUUAAAUGUUUGGAAAAUGAAUUAGCUUCAUUACAAGAAAAUGCUAUGGUAGUUAAUGCUCAAAGAGAAAAAUUAAAACGGUUUAAUUCUAUGGAAAAUGAACUUGUUUCAUUAAGAGAAGAAGUAGCUAUUUACAGAAAUGAUGUUAAGCAAACAGAAAUUUUAGAAAAUAAAGUUGCUACCCUUGAAAGUAAAUUAAACAAACAUGAAUUAAUCGAAAAAGAAGCAAUGCAAUUAAGAUCAAAUCUAGCAGUUAGUGAGGAUCGUUUGAAAGCAUGGAUAGAUGUUUGCCGAGAAGUCUGUGAAAAUGUUACUGAAACUCAGUGUUAUCCAGAAUAUUUGCGUUACUAUGUUGACAAUUUAAAAAAAAAAGAUUUAUUUCUUGUCAAUGAAAAAGGAGAAUUACAAACCAGGUAAAAUAUUUUUAAAAUAAUUGAUUUUUUUUAAUUAUUAUCUUUCACUA